AUGUCUGUACUUUCGUCUCUAGAGGGUUUCUCAUCAGUUUUGUUCUCCAACACCUUCAUCAAACUCCCUUACCCCGAAGGCGAUCUCAGCGGACAGACAAUCAUCGUAACCGGUUCAAACCAAGGACUCGGUUUCGAGGCCAGCCGCCACUUAUUGCGCCUAGGCGUGGGGAAGUUGAUAAUGGCUGUACGCGAUCUGGUAAAGGGCGAAGCUGCAAAACGAGAACUAUUGCAAUCCACCAGCCGCGAAGAAAGCUCAGUCGAGGUGUGGCUGUUGGACAUGGACAGCUAUUUCUCAGUCAAAAGCUUUGCCAGCCGUGCUGCAACUCUACCGCGCCUUGAUGCUCUGCUGGCGAAUGCCGGGAUAUUCACCCACACUUUCAGUAUGUCGGAAGAGGACGAGAAAACCAUCACCGUCAAUGUGGUGAGCACGUUCUUGCUUGUUCUCUUACUGGUUCCCAAACUACGAGAGUCAGCUUCCAAGUUCAAUAUUACACCUCGCAUCGCAAUCCCAAACUCGGGUCUGCAUUACAUGGCUUCUCUCGAGCAGCUGGAUCCUAAAAAUGAGGGCGGUAUUUUCAAAUCGCUCAACAACAAAGAAGCUACCAAUAUGUCGGGUCGAUACCCGUUGUCAAAGCUGCUGGUAUUGUUCGGGGUGCGUGCAUUUGCGAAUCAGUUCGCAAAUGGUAAAGCGCCGCUGGUUAUCAUCAACACGCCAAACCCUAGCUUCUGCAAGUCCCAAUUAGCGCGGGAAACGGACAAUUUCGGUCAACGUGUUUUCGAAAAAGUGCUGGCUCGCACUACUGAGGAGGGUAGUCGUACUUUGGUACACGGGAUCUUGGCGGAUGAGAAAAGUAACGGGCAGUAUUUGACAGACUGUCAUGUUCACAGUCCAUCUUGUAUCGUGACUGAUAAAAAAGGGGUUAUGAUUCAAGAAGCGUUUUUCAAGGAGUUGGUCACCAAGUUGGAGAAGAUUGCACCAGGCGUGACAUCUUGUUUGUGA